UCCGCAGAUCGUCAGCGAGUGUAGGCUGCUCAGUUCCCUAACAGUUCUCUGUAAAACAAGUGAAAGUUGCUAAAGAUAUAUAUAACAAAAAGAAGAUAUAUAUUGUAAAGAAAAAUUCCUCUAUUUCCGCUAGUAAAGUCCGUUUUUAUCAGUGAGUUACAGGCUCCGUCCCGCGAGUGUUUUUUUCAGUGUUUUUUGAUUGCUAAGAAACAGGAACUCUAACUUUCUAGUUUUUUUAUUCGUUACCCCGAAAGCCUCGUCGGCGUUAAAAGAGUCAAAGUGAAUUAUCUAAAGCAGUAUAUCGACGAUAUCCGCAGGAUUAUCGAGGAGAAAAUGGCACUCAAUCCCAACGGGUAUAAACUGUCCGAGAGGACGGGCAAACUGACGGCAUAUGAUCUCAUGCCCACCACAGUUUCGGCUGGACCGGAGACACGGGAGUUCCUGCUGAAGGUAGUAGAUGUGCUUUUGGACUAUGUAAAGGCCACCAACGACCGCAAUGAGAAGAUCCUGGAUUUCCACCAUCCCGAGGACAUGAAGCGCCUCCUGGAUCUCGAUGUGCCCGAUCGCGCCUUGCCACUGCAGCAACUCAUCGAGGAUUGUGCCACCACGCUGAAGUACCAAGUUAAGACGGGACAUCCCCACUUCUUCAACCAACUGUCCAAUGGUCUGGACCUGAUCUCCAUGGCCGGCGAGUGGUUGACGGCCACGGCCAACACCAACAUGUUCACCUACGAGAUUGCACCGGUCUUUAUCCUGAUGGAAAACGUUGUGCUGACCAAGAUGCGUGAGAUUAUCGGCUGGUCGGGUGGCGAUUCGAUCCUGGCCCCCGGAGGUUCCAUCUCCAAUCUGUAUGCCUUCCUGGCCGCUCGCCACAAGAUGUUCCCCAACUACAAGGAGCACGGCUCGGUGGGAUUGCCCGGAACCCUGGUGAUGUUCACCUCGGACCAGUGCCAUUACUCGAUUAAAUCUUGUGCCGCCGUCUGUGGCCUGGGAACUGAUCACUGCAUUGUGGUGCCCUCGGAUGAGCACGGCAAGAUGAUCACCUCGGAGCUGGAGCGCCUGAUCCUGGAGCGCAAGGCCAAGGGCGACAUCCCGUUCUUCGUGAACGCCACUGCCGGCACCACCGUUCUGGGGGCCUUCGAUGAUAUCAACACGAUUGCUGAUAUCUGCCAGAAGUACAACUGCUGGAUGCACAUCGAUGCUGCUUGGGGCGGCGGACUGUUGAUGUCGCGCAAGCAUCGUCAUCCCAGAUUUACUGGUGUUGAGCGCGCCGAUUCGGUCACCUGGAAUCCCCACAAGCUCAUGGGAGCCCUGCUCCAGUGCUCCACCAUCCAUUUCAAGGAGGAUGGCCUCCUCAUCAGCUGCAACCAGAUGUCGGCCGAGUAUCUGUUCAUGACCGACAAGCAGUACGAUAUUAGCUACGAUACCGGUGACAAGGUCAUCCAGUGCGGUCGGCACAACGACAUCUUCAAGUUGUGGCUCCAGUGGCGGGCCAAGGGCACCGAGGGCUUCGAGCAGCAGCAGGAUCGCCUCAUGGAACUGGUCCAAUAUCAGCUGAAGCGAAUCCGCGAGCACCCCGAUCGCUUCCAUCUGAUCCUCGAGCCGGAGUGCGUCAACGUUUCGUUUUGGUAUGUGCCCAAGCGGCUGAGGGGAGUGCCACACGAUGCCAAGAAGGAGGUGGAGCUGGGAAAGAUCUGCCCCAUCAUCAAGGGCCGCAUGAUGCAGAAGGGAACACUCAUGGUGGGCUAUCAGCCCGACGAUCGGCGACCCAACUUCUUCCGAUCGAUCAUCUCAUCGGCGGCGGUCAACGAGGCGGAUGUGGACUUUAUGCUGGAGGAGAUCCAUCGCCUGGGCGACGACUUGUAAGGGGUUUCAGUCUGGUUCGGUUCGGUUCGGCUUAGAUUGGUAAUGGUAGAUCACACAACCAAGAAGUAUCAUUAAGGUAAAAGCAUAUCAGGAGACCGCUAUGAUAAAAAUAAAAGAAAACGAAGAAAUUUUGAGAGGAGGGGAUAGAAGAUCCCGAUAAUCAUCAGAGUUCAAUGUUGAAUGUACAUUUGUUUGUAUCUAUAAACGUGUUGCUAGAUGUUCCUUUACGAUUUCUCAUCCCGUUAUCCGUUAACCGUUAUUCGUUAACCGUCGUUAUCCGUUCGUCCCGGAGUUGACUAAAAAAAAUUAACAAGAUGAAGAACUACUAUGUAUGUAUAAUCGAGGCGUUUCAUUUCCGUUCGUUGGCAACUAUAUCUAAAAUCGAAGGACUCAGAAGAGGAGAAUCUAUAAGUAAUAUUUGAAUAUCUAUAUGUAUACCGCAAAUAAAGAUAGUAUUCAGAGCAUAGAAGCCACCGCUCCACACACGCACCACCAAAAUACAAUACACGAAACAAUCCCAGCCCCAAAAACUGAAAUAUACGAUAUAGAAACUGUUGGAACGCUAUCUUAACAUAUCAGGAGAAGAUGAUGAAGGACUUUAGUUAAAUUCGUUGAUUUUGCUUUGUUUGCAAAUAGUAAAUGUUUUCAUAUAUCUAUGGCCAUGCGUACCUUUAAAAAAAAAACAAACUAAAAACGAGAUCGAAAGAGACCUGUGCUUGUUAAUUGUAUAGACAAAACCAAAGAGAGGGGAUCUGGGUUCUGAAAUCUUCAGAACUUCGGAUCCCAUUUAGUCCAUGUAUCGAACUGUGCUAUAUAUAGAGACAUGAAUACGUAUAAUCGAAUUAGUUGGAGUUUAGUUUCCAGCAAAAUGGCUGACAAAAAAAUAUAUAUCUAUUACCCGGUGUCAAUUAAACUCAAUUACGAAUGUUGGAAGAUUCUGUUUUUCGUUAAGUUUUAAUCAGUUGUUUUUACUAAAUUAAAAGAUGGAAUGGAAAGCCCCUUAAAACACAAUCAGACAUUAAACCUUUGCACAAAAAAUCGUUUGUCAAUUCAGCAAAAAUAAAACACACACAACAAAUUAAUGGUAUAAAUAUAAAUUAAACAAUUAUAGUAUUUUAAAGCGUGUUAUCUAAGUUUAUCCAGCAUCGCGCUCAUUUUAUGUAUGUAUAAAUUAAUGUAUAUGUAAUUGCAGAGAUCCAAAAAUCAAAACCAGAACAAGAAUUAUUCCAACAUCUAUAUAAAUGCAAAAGAAUAUAUUAUAUAUAUAAAUAUAUGGGUAAAUAUAAAUAAAAGUAACC